CUCUUUCUCUCUCUGAGCAUCCCUCAGCCUCCCGCCCUCCGUCUCUCUCCCUUACUUUUUGCUCUCUUGCGUGCCCUUGCUCUCCAUCUACCUUCCUCCCACCUUCCUUCUUCCCCUCCCUCUCUCCUCCUCCUCCUCUUCCCUCCUCCUCCUCCUGCUGCGCUCUCGACUCGCUCUCAUUCCCCCUUGCUCACACACUCAGGCAACAUCCUCCCAUCUCCACUUAUUUCCCUCUCACCUCUCCGCUCCUCUUGCCUCCUUCCUCUCCGUCACCUACUGACACAUAUCAUCUCUGGCAUCUCCCCGUCUAUUGUCUCCCUCUCCCUCCAUUCUCUCCUCCAUUUCUCCCUCCUUCCCUAUACUCCCUCACACACUCAACCUUGCUGCCUCGCGCAAACUCACGCGUGCACACACUCAUGCUGAUUGGCACUCAAGGACAGAGCACUCUCUCCCCCGUACCGGUGACCAGGCGGUUUGCUCGUGUGGCCAGGCUUCUUGACACUGAGCUCAGCUGAGGAAGAGGACGAGGAAGAGGCCAUGGAGCACAGCCACAUCUUCCCUGUAUUUCCCCCAAAUGGGAGCACCUGGAACCCAGGGGAGCAUCCCUCUGAGUUUGCCCAGGGAUGCCCUCUCGGACCACUGCCUGUCAUCUACUACAGUGUCCUGCUCUGUCUCGGCCUGCCGGCUAACAUCCUGACCGUGGUUAUCCUGUCCCAGCUGGUGCUGCGUCGCCAGAAGUCUUCCUACAACUAUCUCCUGGCUCUGGCAGCCGCUGACAUCCUGGUCCUGCUCCUCAUUGUUUUUGUCGACUUCAUAUUGGAGGAUUUUAUUUUGGCAACGCCGCUGCCUCUGUCAUUAAACAAUGUGGUGCAGGUUCUGGAGUUCUCCUCCAUCCACACCUCCAUCUGGAUCACCGUGCCUCUCACCAUUGACCGUUACAUCGCUGUUUGCCACCCCCUGCGCUACCAUACUGUCUCCUACCCGGCCCGCACACGAAGGGUGAUAUUUGCUGUGUAUAUUGGGUGCUUGCUCUCUGCAGCUCCUUAUUACUGGUGGCCUGAGCUGUGGCACAGCCUGCCUGGGGUGAGUGGUGGUGGAGGAGGAGUGGAGGGCAACAGGAGAACCGUGGCCCAGCAUGUCCUGGUGUGGGCCCACUGCGCCACUGUCUACCUCCUCCCCUGCACUGUCUUCUUCUCCCUAAACGCUGGCAUUGUUUGUAAGCUACGCCGACGACGCAGCUGUUUCCGUCUGCGUGGCUACUCUACCGGCAAGACCACCGCCAUUCUCCUUGCCAUCACCUCCAUUUUCGCAGUUUUGUGGGCGCCACGUACCCUCAUGAUCCUCUAUCACUUCUACUCCCCUCCACCAGCCUCACAAGGUGCCGGUCGACUGCUCCACAUGCUCACCGAUCUGGCGAACAUGCUAGCGUUGCUCAACACCGGGGUCAACUUCUUCCUCUACUGCUUCAUCAGCAAGCGUUUCCGGGGCAUGGCGGCCAACGUGCUGCGAGCCUUGGUCCACUGCCGGAAGCAGCCGCCGCCAUUCUACGCCAGCCACAACUUUUCCAUCACAAGCAGCCCCUGGAUCUCACCAGCCAACUCCCACUGCAUCAAGAUGUUGGUGUACCAGUAUGACAAAAAUGGGAAGCCUAUCUGUAUUUCCUCUUGAGUCCUCAGCCACCAGCAACCGCCCCCACCCUCAGUUGUUGGGGAACAUUGUCAGGCAUUGUCUCCUUAGUGACCAGCUUUGCCCGCAUGGGACUCUUUGAGGCUCGAAAAUGUGAACACACCUGGAGAGCACAUAGGUGACAGUUUAGCUAGCGUUGAGAGAUAACAAAUUGGUUGGAUAGAAAGGUGGAAUAGCAAACAGCAGAUGCCUGCUUGACAGAAAAUUGCCUCUUAUGUUCAAUUCACAAAGCAGCGACCAGCUGUUGAUUGUUACCUCCAUGCAAAAAAAUACAGCUACUGUAAGUGACUGACUCCAGACUCACAGACUGAUAAAAGGGAUAGGACCAUCAUCUAUUACUGAAUUUUAUGAGCCACCACGAAAGAAUAAACUAGCAACUAGAUGAAUUCUUGGUGAAUCUCAAAUGCCUGUUGACAUUGAAUUCUUUAUGGAUGCUCUCUGUUGCACACUGCCCCCAACGGCGAGGAACUUUGAACAGCUGUGUCUUUGUCCGUUGGGAGUCAUUUCCAGAAAGCAGAGAUAUCCAGUCAGAGUCUAGGCACUGAACUCGAGCAAUGUUAAAACAGUGCUGUCAUUUCCAGUUGAAUAUGCAGAGGACUCUCAAAGGCAUGUUAAUUUGGGCUUUUAUCAAAUGAACAGUGUCAAGAUGUGUGCGUGUCAAGUUCAUUUUAGCAGUGCAGGUCACUUACAAGUCGGCACUCUCUAUGGACAUUACCCCACAGGUUGUCGUAGGAUGAGUAGACUCUUCUUAUUGUUGGUUAAAUAUUUAUUAAUAGUAGACUUGACUGUUAUUGUAGAUUCACAAAAAUACAGGACAAAAAAUAUGACUUGGGGUCAGAUCCAAGGUGUCAUUAAUCUAGUAAUCACAUUUCCAAUAUUAGGAAGAGGAAAUUUCUGCUAUUAGUAGAUAGUCCUCUAUUAACUAUUAAUGGUCCUUGAUGAUUUACUGUUAACCAUUAUCUGGAUGAAUAUAAUGAAUGUCACAUCACUUAAGCCCUUUAGCUUUCUGAGAGACUGAGAAAAAGAGAGAGAGAGAUAGAGAGAACAGACUAGUCUGCACUCCAUCCCUUUCAGUUUGUGUUCCCUCGUCCAAGGUUUUCUGUCCCAUGAUGCAGCAGUGAAUUUGGUCUCAGGGUCAAAGUGACACAUUUCAUUUCUGCUCAUUCUGCAGGUGGCUGAUGGCAAUUCAGUAACAAUUUACAGCGAAACACAGUCACCUACAUCAACUUUGUCUCGGUGCUGCCUGGUAACAAACUAUAAAUGCACACACACACACACACACACACACACACACACACACACACACACACACACAUACACACUGUGCUCUGUAUUGCCCACAGAAAGAGAAAGAGCACAUUGAGAUCAAUGCACAUCCAUUCUGCAGACACCUGGGGCAUUACCAGUGUUCAUCUAUCUAGCGAGAAUGGAGCUGCGCCAAAGGGAAGAUUUUUUCAAAUAACAGCCUGGAGAUCUCAGACACAUCAGGCCUUGUAAUGGAUAAGGCUUUAAAUCUGAUGAAUGUUAGGUGCGUCUGUCAUAGAUUAUAAAGUCAUGCCCUCCAAACUCUUGUUUGACACUCAAACGUCUGAGACACUUUAAGGAGUGACUGCAGGUACGUCGUUGUUCUUUCUCUCACCAUAGCAACAUUUUAAACAAAACAACUGGCUGCAGCUGAAAAUCAGGGCAAAUGUUUCAUAGUUUUGUCAAGUCAGUUGUAAUAACUUUUUACCAGCUUUAUUGCUGAGAUAUUUGGACAUGUCAACUCAACAAGACACGUCCUUAGGGUGAGGAGUAGUGAUCAGCCAAAGUCUGCGUUCAAUGUAAUUAAAUCCAGAUUUAACAAACGUCCUAUGUAAAUGUUUUUGUUUUGUUUUAAUCUUUUACAUCACUAUCUUCCAUCCCAUUUGAACAAGGUCACAUGGUUUUAGACCAAUCAAAUUACUGAACUGGCAAGGAGUGUCUCAUGAUUGAUGUAGGUGGUGCAAUAAUUUUCUAUGAAAAGGAAAAGUAAUUAGUAUGGAGAAGGUCAAUGUGCCUUUAACUGUAAGUGUGCUAUACUGAAAACACUUUACAAAACAGAGACAAGCUAAGAUAAAAAGAGAGCAAGCAAUGAAAUACACAUAAAUGAUAGAUUUAAAAAUAAGUGUGACCAUUAAAGACUGCUGUCCCUUCUCCAUGCACAUCACAAGUUUUGGCUUGUGCUGCAUUGCCCUGUAAAGUGUUUCUCAGCAAUACACUUGGUGAAUAACUCAGAUCAAAUAGGAAUUAUGGCCAAAACUACAAAGACCCAGGUUGUUAAAUUCAAUUUCCAGUUAGAGCUACAUGGACACCAAUUUUUUCUAGUGCUGUAUUUGCAAUGAUGCUAACUGUUGGCUUAUGUGAUAGUCUUUCCAAUUUCUUUUCCCAUCAAAGAUUACUUUUUGGAAUGAACCUAUUUACCCCCUUUUCAGUUCAGUUGUUCUCUCAGAUCAUGACUGGCUCCUCCACUUUCAAUUCCCAUUUCUUUCGUCUUCACAAAUUGAUUUUCUUCAAAAUUGCAAUGCGAAUGAAGGAGUACCAGUCACCACUUGCUACUCACCUCCUUCACUCUGCACUCCUCCCACUCAUCCCUCUUUCUUCCCACUUUAUGUCAAAUGCACUCGCUCAAAGUUAAUUUCACAAGUGUCCUUUUUACUUGUCAACUGAUUGCCUUGAAGUCUUGUGUGCUACAUGUGCAUACUGAGCAUAUCGCUCCAUCAUUUCUCUUCAAAAAAUGUAUCCAAUGCGGUUAGGGACCUUGAGAUUAAGCUGGUGGAUGUCGAGAGUUAUUUGAUGGAGAUGAACGGCCAAAGGGUCGAUAACCUGUGAUCACUCAGCAAGCUCCUUGACUCCAGGUCCAGCAAAGUCAUCCUCAGCAGGACGUUACAAAUCAUUAAGUGUAAAGGCACUAAAAUAUGUGCUUUAAUCCUCAAUCAAUAUUGCCUAAUGAGCCGACUAUGAUCAUUAAGAAAGUAAAAUAAUUUGGGCUUCAGCCUGAGGAGCUCAUGCCAGAUCAAUGUUGCCAUGACAUUCAUUUCACAUGUUAACCCCAUCCAGUCUUUCAGCUGAUGUUUAUGUGACAUUUGUGGGAGAACUGGCGCCUCAGUCAAGUGGCCUCAUGGGAACAAGGCGGGCAUGCUGGGAAACCAAAGUGAAUGGAUGAGUGGGAGGUGUUGAAAGAGUGUCACAUGCAGGUGCUUCGUCUCCCACGUGAGGUAUUCGGUAGCAUGUAAAAGGGUUUGUGUAUGAGGGGGGGUGAUGCCAAGAAAUCCUCCCUAUUAUGAGAAAAAAAGCCCAAAUCUAUAUUUUCUUCAGCCAGAUAUUAUAAAGAUAACCAAACAUAAAUCAAUCAGAUGGUGAAAUUGUAUUUUCUCUCUCACACCUCCUCCGUUUCCUCUCUGUCUCUCUCUACCUGCUUAGCUCUACAGUGUAUGUGUGUGUGUGUGUGUGUGUGUGUGUGUGUGUGUGUGUGUGUGUUUGUGUUUGUGUGUGUGUGUGUCUGUGUGUACAUAAUGUCUGUCUUAGACAGAAAGAAGCUUUAAAAAGUGUUUGUGCCAUAGGACCUGUAAUGUAUGAAAUCAAAUAUUGUAUUUAUUCCCAAUCAUGAUGAAUAUAAUUACAUACAGCACAGUAUUAUAACGAUAUAUCCAUGAAUGUACAACUGAUGCUUCUGGCAUUUUUUUGUGGUAUUUUUCUGAUUGUGAUUUUCUACACGAUGACCUUUUUGAGUAUUUUACCUUUCUCCAUGGCAGUGUUUCAGAACUGUGUUUUUUGAUUGUACUGGAGUAUUUAUAGGCUUGCACAAUUCAGUUCUGUCCUCCUAAUGAAUGUAUUGACUGUAUAAAGAGUAUGUAUUACUGUGCUGUAAGAUGGUAUGCAUAAAAGUAUUGGUUAAUAUCAAUCUGUUUGAUUAAAUAAAUAAAGAGCAGUAUCUCUAAGGAUUGAGAUAUAGUGCUGCUGA